UUUUGGGAUUUGAAUUUGUUAACAUGGGUAAUAUAAAGCUGAAUAGCAUUCUCACAAGUUGGUAUCCCUAACUGUAACCACCAUUUUAUUUUUCGGAAAGCUCCUCAAAUGUUAUGCUUAGGUUCCCUUCCACCCUCUCCCAAAUGGAAAAACCAAUCGUAUCUUGUUCAAACAUUUUCACCUAUUCUCAUUCUCCUCCAAAACUCCCACUUUCCAGUUACAUCGAUAUCAAUAAUCCCUUCCACUGUUUAGAAUCAUGCCAAUCUCCCAGGGAACUUAAGCAACUGCAUGCUUUAACCCUCAAAACAAGACCUCUCCAAACCCAACUCAUUUCCUCCAAAAUAUUAUCAUUUCUUAUCCCUUUUUCUUCCCCUGAAAGCGUUACCUAUGCUAGAGAACUUGUCAACCACUUAAAACCUCCUUAUUUGCAACUGCAUUUUUACAAUUCCUUAAUUCAAGCCCUCACGAAUUCCUCACAAGCCAUAGCAUUAUAUGGCGAAAUGAUAACCAAAUGUAUUUAUCCUGACACUUAUACUAUCCCUUAUGUUCUAAAAUCAUGUGCCCAAUCCCAUGCCCUGGAAGAAGGCCAACAAAUCCAUGCACAUUCCAUUAAGUUUGGUCUUAGUUCCAAUGUUUAUGUUCUCAACACUUUGAUGCGUCUUUAUGCUGUUUGUGGGUUUACUCAUUCUGUUAAAAAACUGUUCGAUGGAAGUCCUGAAAGAGACUUGGUGUCUUGGACCACCCUUAUUCAAGCUUUUGUUAAAAUGGGUUUUGCCAAGGAAGCCAUCCAAGCUUACUUUGAUAUGUGUAGAGCAAAUUUAAGACCCGAUAAAAGGACAUUGGUCGUCAUCCUUUCGGCUUGUUCUAGGUUAGGAGACUUGAGCUUAGGCACCCGAAUUCAUGAAAAUAUAUGUGAUAUUCAUGAUAUUUAUUCGGAUGUUUUUGUUGGCAAUGCAUUGGUUGAUAUGUAUAUGAAAUGUGGCGAUGCGGACUCUGCUCGCAAGCUGUUUGAUAAAAUGCCUGUUAAAAAUGUGGUUUCUUGGAAUUCCAUGAUAUCUGGCCUAGUUCAACAAGGACAAUUCAAGGAAGCAUUGCAUGUUUUUCAUGACAUGCAAAGGAUAGGUCUUAGGCCUGACAGUGUUACUCUAGUUGCCGUUUUGAAUGCUUGUAGUAAUCUUGGGAAGCUGGAGUUAGGAAAGUGGGUUCAUGCAUAUAUUGAUAAAAAUCAAAUCAAGGCAGAUGGGUUUGUAGGAAAUGCGUUAGUGGAUAUGUAUGCUAAGUGUGGAAGCGCAGAACAAGCUUUUGGUGUGUUUCAAGGAAUGGAAUGCAAAGAUGUCUUUUCCUAUACUGCCAUGAUUGUGGGAUUCGCAAUGAAUGGAGAAGCCGAGAGAGCAUUGGAUAUCUUUGCAGAGAUGCCGAUGGUAGGCACCAAACCAGAUGAAGUGACAUUUGUUGGUGUUCUUUCUGCAUGUAGUCAUGCAGGAAUGGUAGAGGAGGGUUGGAAGCACUUUGAAGACAUGUCAAGAGUUUAUAAUCUGGAACCUCAAACAGAGCACUAUGGUUGUAUGGUUGAUCUUUUAGGCCGUGCUGGACUAAUAAGUGAGGCAGAAGUAUUUAUAGCAAAUAUGCCAAUUGAACCUGAUGCAUUUGUUUGGGGUGCACUACUAGGAGCUUGUAGCAUUCAUGGAAAAGUUGAGCUUGGGGAAGCCAUAAUGAAAAAACUUGUAGCUAUCGAACCUGUAAGAGACGGAGCAUAUAUACUCAUGUCGAACAUCUAUUCGUCUGCAAAUAGGUGGAAAGACGCACUAAAGUUGAGGAAGGCAAUGAAAGAAAGAAAAAUGAAGAAGACUCCUGGUUGUAGUUUAAUCGAAAUCAAUGGUGUUGUUCAUGAGUUCCGUAAGGGAGACAAAUCACACCCUAGAAAUGAGGAGUUAAGGAAGGUGCUGGGAGAAAUGGCGAUUCACUUACAGAACCAUGGUCAAUUUCCUACUAGCAACUUCAUCACAUGAUACAGCUCAUUGAGAUAGUGGAGAAUGACUUCGUGUGGGAAAAUGGAGGCAGUGAGGCAUAUUUGUUUGGCUUUCUCACAAGGUAGUAUUAAUAAAAUAAGCAGGUUGAGAAAAUUAUGGUUAAUAUUCACAUGUAGAGAUGCCUAGAAAAGCAGUAAGUUUCUUAGGUCAGUCCUUUAAUGGUGAUACAAGAGUGCCGUUCAAGAAGAGAUAAUAAACACCGACCUCCAUACUUCCCAUAUGUACCAGAAAAAAACAUCUCAACAUGUGAAAUGAAAGGGGUCAAAUUACUCAAGUUCUUCCGCUCAAAGAAACAAAGGAAGCGGUUUGAGCUUUUUAAGUUCGAAUUUUUUUGGACUCGAAUUAUUAUGGACUUGAACUUUCUCUUGUUCGGAUAUUAUUGAGCUCUAAUCAAUUUGGACAAAGUUUUGGGCUCGGACCUGUUUUACCUGCUCUACUUUCUUUGUUGUGGUACGAGAAUAUUUUUCCUAAAAUAAAAACUGUUGCUUAGUUAUUUAGGGUGCU